GUUAAGUGACAUGGAUUCAAAUCAAACCUCAUCAAACAGAUUCAUCCUUCUUGGCCUCACCAAUAUCCCAUACCUACAGGCAAUAUAUGUUUUAUUAUUCUUUAUAAUCUAUAUAACCACCCUGUUGGGAAACUCCCUGCUUAUCAUCGUAGUGAGGAUCAAUGAGCAGCUGCAGACUCCCAUGUACUUUUUCCUGAGCAACCUCUCCAUAACUGAUAUCUGCUUAUCUUCCACCAUAGUACCCAGAAUAAUGAUAAACACUUUAUCCCAGGAUAGAAGUAUUUCCCUUUCAGACUGUGCAUUGCAGAUGUUCUUUAGUUUGGCUGUAGGAGGGACGGAGUGUUUGAUUCUAGCUGUUAUGGCCUAUGACAGGUAUGCAGCCAUAUGUCAGCCAUUACACUACAAUACAGUUAUGAACAAGACAUUCUGUAUAUGUAUGGCUACAGGAUCAUGGACUCUUUCCUUUAUCACUGCUUUCCUCCAUGUUUAUUUUACCUUCCAACUGCCUUAUUGCCGUUCUCACAACGUUAACCAUUAUUUCUGUGAGAUGCCUCCUUUCUUUCGUCUCUCUUGCCGAGAUACUUGGCCCAAUGAGUUAGCCAAUUACAUCACAACCAUUAUAAUUACCAUGUGUUCCUUCCUUUUAAUUCUCAUUUCAUAUUUUCACAUCAUUUUCACUAUUCUGAAAAUCCGUUCCAACGAAGGAAGAAAAAAAUCAUUUUCCACAUGCACAUCCCAUCUCACAGUGGUCUCCAUGUUCUACGGCACCAUCUUGGUUAUAUAUAUGAGUCCCGACUCUGCAAAUUCAAGCAUCACCAAAACAGUGUCCAUUAUUAAUUCGUCUGUGAUCCCAAUGCUGAAUCCUAUCAUUUACAGCAUGAGAAAUAAAGAUGUCAAAGGCACCAUAAGAAAACAAAUGAAAAAUAAAUCCUUUUUCUGAAAAGUCCUAAAGAACUUCCAUUUAUUGGACCCAUCCCCAGUUUGUAAAUCACAAAUCAUUACUGUAAGAAAAACUGAUUACAGUGUAUGGGGCAUAUAAUACCUUUUAAAAGCAGAGAUAAACGUGAUUCCUUUAUAAGAUAUUAUACUGGGUACAACUUGAGCAAAAAUGUCAAAAAUGCCUAAUCAUGUCCUU